CUCACCAGCAACCACCAUCCGCUAGCUACUUUAGCAUCAAGCUGGAUAAAAAGCUAACAUCCAGAAACACAGAAGUACCCGUUCACCCUCCCUGGUUAUGAAUUCCGCUUGAAUUUACUGAAGUUACCAGACGUCCAAGUGACUAACUUGAAGGCCUGGUCGAAGAUGCAGUUUAUGCUGUUGUUCAGCCGGCAGGGAAAGCUGCGGUUACAGAAAUGGUAUGUUCCUCUGUCUGACAAGGAGAGGAAGAAGAUCUCCAGAGACCUGGUGCAGACCAUCCUGGCCAGGAAGCCCAAGAUGUGCAGCUUCUUGGAGUGGAGGGACCUCAAGAUUGUGUAUAAAAGAUAUGCAAGCCUGUAUUUCUGCUGUGCGGUAGAGGAUCAGGAUAAUGAGCUUAUCACCCUGGAGAUCAUCCAUAGAUAUGUGGAGCUGCUGGACAAAUAUUUUGGCAGUGUGUGUGAGCUGGAUAUAAUCUUCAACUUUGAAAAGGCCUACUUCAUCCUGGAUGAGUUCCUGCUGGGCGGAGAGGCUCAGGAGACAUCCAAGAAGAACGUGCUGAAGGCUAUCGAGCAGGCUGACCUGCUGCAGGAGGAGGCCGAGGCACCACGGAGUGUUUUAGAGGAAAUUGGGCUGACAUAAAUCAUCGUGCUGCUGCCUCAUUCUUUCUCCCAGAUGCAGAACUGGCAACCUCCAUGUCUCUAUCCUGUCUUCUGUUCACUGUGUCAGUGUUGUAUGUAUAUAAUCACCAUCUGUGUACUUUAUUAUUCUGUAUUGUAUCCUGUAAUGUCCUUUCAAUGUGGUGCCAACUGUGGUUUUAAUGUGUCUCCUAUGUACAAGUUCCUUCGCUGUGUCCUGCAGUAUUUACCGUACGUCACUCCCCGAACUUCUUAGAAACUCCACAGAGAACAAUGUAGCACCGACAUUAAAAACUCCAGCAUCAUAUUGGGAUCAUCGUUCCCCACCGAUAGCAGUUGUUUGUGCUGUUUGGCCUGAAGUACUUUUUUAAGGUGCUACUGUAGCCACAGUUGGUGCUUCUCAUGUGUUACCAUCACAUGGCUAAGAAUCCAAAUCCAAUUAUAGAUAAACGAAUACUCAUCGAUCUUUGAAAAAAAAUCCAGACGGUCAGUUGACAUACCUUACAGCUCCUCUAAAGGUAUUUUCAGAAUUCUCACACUCUUCAACCAAUAUAGAUUAAAAAAAUAUUGUCUGCAACAAAAUGUUUUUUUUUAAAUCCAGGUCCUUGUGCUUUUUGCAACAGCAGAAUAUUAUUGCAUGAUUUGGAACUACAUGCUAGAAAGAAUUAACUAUGUAACAGUGUUACUAAUAAUCAGAGUUUAGGUUGGGCUUAUGUACAAAUUGAGUAAAGACAUUUUGUUUGAAUUGGAAAAAUCCUACCAAGGGAAACAGGUUAAAUCCUUUUUUUUAAUGUGUAUCCAGAUUGUUUUGGUCUUUGAGGACUGUACCUUCAGAACAGCAUUAAGUGUUGCUAAACGACCUUGUUUUUUCAGAUCCAUGAUUUAAAUGUAAUGAUAAUACAUGAGUGGGGAUCACUGAUGCUGCUACAAUCACUUGUAUAUGGGUAAAUUCAACCCACCAGUUCAGUAAUACGUAACAAUUAACUCAUAAUCAUCAUCAGUGUGUACGUUAAAUAGGUUUGUACAAGUUUGUGUUUUGGUGAUUCCUCUCCAGAAUUGAACCAGCUGUUUAAACUGAUUGUUUACCUUUGCGAAACAUUGGUGGUUUCUGUGUAAUUGGCGUCAUGUUUUCUAAACUGUCAGUUUGUCUUAAUUUUUCCUUUUCUUUUGAUAGAUGAUUUAUUUUCCUCACAAAAACAUUUAACAUUAAAGUUUGACCUCUGGAGAUAAAUCUUAGGUCAGUCCCUCCCCUAGUCCUUAGUCAGGAUAGGAUAGUGACCCAAAUAAAAAAAAAUAAUUAAAAAACUAUUUUAUGUGUAUAUAUAAAACUUUGGCUUACUCUUAAAGACUAACAUAUGACCAAAGAACACUGUGUUUUACCUUCUCAAUGGUGUCUAUAGAAGGCUAACAUGGCAGCAAAGGGAUUUUAACAGCAGGUUGUUGAACAAAAUAAAAUGUAUGUAGGAGUUAUUUGGCUACAGUAUACCAGUAUUAACGCAAUUAUUCCAAUCCACUUAAAGACAGGUCUAUCAUGGGUUUCUUUAUGGAUUAGGAGCGUAAGAAGAUGAACUGCACAUAUCAGGGUACAUCAUUAAUAUUCAUCUGUCAGCUUGAUCAAUUGCCAGCAAGAUGCAGGAAAACAAGCAAACAACCUACGAAUAGAUGCUCAUCCCGAACUGUAUGGCAGUCAGUUUUUCUAUCUGCAUUCUCAAGAUCACAGGACUUUUUGUUGUACAUCGAUAAUUAUUAAACAGGUUCAUGUUUGAUUUGUGCAAGAGACAUUACUUUUUGUAUUAAACACUGCCAGCACAUUUACCAACACAUUUUCUUUAUAUAUGAAAGGUAUUAACAAUAAAUGUAUUGAAAAGAAAA